UCAGAAUAGAUUAUCGAUGCAACCACCUCCCAGAACCUCCGUGCCUUUAUCCGAUACUGUUGUUGGCGAUGGUUUCAGCAUUCGUUCGUCGUCACCAACUUCAAUGUACUCCACUAAUUCACACCAUCGUCAAGAUUCUUAUGAAUCAGAAGCAGGACAUACAAAAAACAAUAAUAUUAAUGACACCUUUAUGGACGAUAAUAAUAGUUUAUCGACA